UCGUGGUCGAAAGACUACGGUUGGUAUUACCUGUAUCUGUGGUUGCGGAGCGUUGAUCUUGCUCUGUUACUAAGCAAGAUGGCGGAAGCAAUGCGGCAGACUGUGGCUAAAAUGUUAACAGGAAUAGAAAGAUAUAAUCCAGAUAAUCUGCAGACUUUGGAGAGCUAUGUGGAAUACCAAUCCAGGGAAAAUACUUACGAUCUUGAAGCUAACCUGGCAGUAUUGAAAUUGUAUCAAUUCAAUCCUCUGCGGUACAAUAGCAAUAUCACAUGUCAGAUUUUGUUAAAAGCACUCACAAAUUUCCCCCAUACAGACUUUGUGUUGUGUAAAUGUCUUCUGAGCGAAAAACACCUUGCAGAUCCUCAGAUUGGUCAUAUAAUGUACCUGGCAGAUAUUCUAGAGAGCUGUGACUUUCAGCAGUUUUGGACCCGGGUUCAUUCAAUGCCUGAACUGUGUUCUCAGAUAACUGGUUUUCAUGACUCCAUCCGCAAGUUUGUGUGUCAUGUUGUUGGUAUCACAUUUCAAACAGUGGACAGGAUUGUAUUGGCCAAGCUUCUUGGCGGUGUGGAUGAUCAGACACUGAAACACUGGGUUAAAAAGUAUGGUUGGAGAGAAGAAGACAAUGGUAUGGUAUUCAUUGCAAAUCAAGACGAAAAUAUAAAGACAAAGAAUAUCACAGAAAAGAUUGAUUUUGAAAAUGCUGCUGCAAUAAUGGCAGCAUCACAUUGAACUUUUGUCAUUCGUGACUCCCGUUAUUGUAAUUUUACGUGAAACAGCAAAUAAAAAAAUUGAUAUAGAA